AUGUCAGACAUCGAAGAAGGUACGCCUACUAAUAAUGGGCAACAGAAGGAGAGAAGAAAGAUAGAAAUUAAGUUCAUCGAGAAUAAAACAAGGCGCCAUGUGACAUUUUCCAAAAGGAAGCACGGUAUCAUGAAAAAGGCGUUUGAGCUUUCUGUUCUAACGGGGACCCAGGUCCUGUUGCUAGUCGUUUCAGAAACAGGUUUGGUAUAUACUUUCAGCACGCCGAAGUUUGAACCUAUAGUCACGCAGCAGGAAGGUAGAAACCUGAUCCAGGCCUGUCUUAACGCCCCUGAUGAUGAGGAAGAAGACGAGGAGGAAGACGGUGAUGAUGAUGAUGAUGAUGACGAUGAUGGUAAUGAUAUGCAACGCCAGCAACCACAACAACAGCAACCGCAACAACAGCAACAAGUAUUGAAUGCACACGCAAAUAGCUUAGGCCAUCUAAAUCAAGAUCAGGUACCGGCAGGCGCGCUGAAACAAGAGGUGAAGUCACAAUUGCUAGGCGGUGCCAAUCCUAAUCAAAACUCAAUGAUUCAACAGCAGCAACAUCACACGCAGAAUUCACAACCACAACAGCAACAGCAACAACAACCACAGCAGCAAAUGUCACAGCAACAAAUGUCACAGCAUCCUCGACCACAGCAAGGAAUACCACAUCCGCAACAAUCGCAGCCACAGCAACAGCAACAACAACAACAACAACUGCAACAGCAGCAACAGCAGCAACAACAACAACCCCUCACCGGCAUUCAUCAGCCUCACCAACAGGCUUUUGCCAACGCUGCCUCCCCCUAUCUGAAUGCUGAACAGAAUGCUGCCUACCAACAAUACUUUCAAGAACCGCAACAAGGCCAAUACUAA